UAGGGUGCCCGGCCCAUGUCAGGGAGAGCCACCCCUGGAGUCCCUGGCCCUGUUGUCUGAGUUUCAGUAACUUUGCGCCCCAUGACCUCUGACCUCGGCCCGUUUCCCCCUACCGCGGACUCUCCCAUCUCAGGUGCGGGUAGCGGCAUCGGUCGUGCGAUCAGCGUGCGCCUAGCGGCAGAGGGCGCCGCAGUGGCCGCCUGCGACCUGGACGGGGCAGCGGCACAGGACACGGUGCGGCUGCUGGGAAACCCAGGGAGCGAGGACAGGGAGCCGCGCGGGAAGCACGCUGCCUUCCAGGCGGACGUGUCCGAGGGCCCCGCAGCCAAACGCCUGCUGGAGCAAGUGCAGGCCUGCUUUUUUCGCCCGCCAUCUGUCGUUGUGUCCUGUGCGGGCAUCACACGCGAUGAGUUUCUGCUCCACAUGUCAGAAGAAGACUGGGACAGAGUCAUAGCUGUGAACCUCAAGGGCACCUUCCUAGUCACUCAGGCUGCCGCCCAGGCAUUGGUGUCCAGUGGCGGUCGUGGCUCCAUCAUCAACAUUAGUAGCAUCGUUGGAAAGGUGGGGAAUAUUGGACAAACAAAUUAUGCGUCCUCCAAAGCAGGAGUGAUUGGGCUCACCCAGACUGCAGCCCGGGAGCUUGGACGUCAUGGAAUUCGAUGUAACUCAGUCCUCCCAGGGUUCAUUGCAACGCCCAUGACCCAGAAAAUGCCAGAGAAAGUGAAGGACAAGGUAACUGCAAUGAUUCCGUUGGGACACAUGGGGGACCCUGAGGAUGUAGCAGAUGUGGUUGCGUUCCUGGCAUCAGAAGACAGUGGAUACAUCACAGGGGCCUCCGUGGAAGUCAGUGGUAUGAGGCCUUCAUGGGGAGGAGGACCAGAAAACAGAACCCGGGCUGUAUGAGAAAGUGAGGGGACCCUGCAGCCUGAAGGGCAGAGAGAUCCCUUCUUUAGACCAGGGACAGAAGUGGGUGCCUACAUCCCCACCCAUGCACCUGUCCCGAUGCUUCAACCCCUCUCAGGAGGUCUUUUCAUGUAACCGCCUGAUGGAAGCCGGACUCUGCUCACUCCCCCACCACUGCCUGGCCUCCUGCUGAUGAGGACGCUAAGUUCCCAGGCUACAAAAGAGAUGGCAGUGUGUGGCUCAGGCAUGCUGAAUAUGGAAGGCAGGGGUGCUUGUGACCCUAAUAAAUUCCAAAUCCUCUUCCCUGCCA